CUCCUCUGAUUCGGGGGGCGGGAUCGCCGUGACGUCACGCCCCUGCCAAGCCUGUCCGCCAGGCGGAAGCUCAGGAAGAAAGUUUGGAGAGGCUGCUGGAAUGAGAAGAGUGCGCGUCCCGACUGGCGGAUCUACCUGACUCGGCUGCCAGACCCCGCCCACUGUCCGGGAGUGAGAGGUUGGAACUACAGUUGUCAUUCCCGCCUGGGCUCGGGUGUGAGGGCACCGCCUGACAUGUGGGACCCGAAGGACUUCGCGCAGAACUGGAAGACCGAGUUCCCCGGGGAGCCGGCUCCGGAGAUGCGCUUGAACUCGGCGCAAGAGGUGGAGCAGGAGCUGGAGCGCUGCCGGGCGAAGCUGAAGAAGCUGCAACAGGAGCUGAACGAGGAACGCUUUAAAGUGAUCUACCUGGAGAGCGCCCUGACCCGGCCCGAACCCCCCAAACCCUUUCCCCGUGUCCGCAGCAAUAAGCCCCCUCCGCCGCCUCCCCCGCAGCGCGCGCCCCCGCCCCUACCCGACCGGGACUACGAGGAUGAGCGGGGCAGUACCGAGCUCUCUGUGCCGGGAAACCUCCUGUCUCCUGGCGACCAGCCGCGGCCGGAGGAUGAGGAGGAAGCGGCUGCGGGACAGGAGCCAGGGAAACGCACGGGGAGGCGAAGGGACCUACUGCAGGUGCCCGGCUGGGACUCACCCAGACACAGCUCACCCGAGAGGGGCAGUGAUGAUUACCUUAGCUCCGACCUGGAGGAAGAUCGCUCCAUAGAUUUUAACUACGGCACGGAUGGAUAUGAUGCCGAAGGCAAUGAAGAACACAAAAACUCACGUGAAGGCUCUGAAACUAUGCCCUACAUUGACGAGUCACCCACCAUGUCUCCUCAGCUCAGUGCCAGGAGCCAGGAUAGUGUGGAUGGGGUCUCACCAACUCCAACAGAGGUGCUGCUGCCUGGGGGGGAAAGUGAAUCGGACAAGGGCCUGUUGAUGAGAAAACUUGUCCUGUCGGGGGUUCUGGCAAGUGAAGAAAUUUAUAUAAAUCAACUGGAAGCUCUACUGCUGCCCAUGAAGCCUCUGAAGGCUACUGCCAGCACUUCCCAGCCGGUGCUUACCUUGCAGCAAAUAAAUGAUAUUUUUUACAAAAUUGAAGACAUCUAUCAGAUGCAUAAGGAUUUCUAUGACAAGCUAUGCCCCAUUGUGCAGCAGUGGGACAACAAGACAACAGUGGGACAUCUCUUCCAGAAGCUGGCCACUCAGCUGGGGGUGUACAAGGCCUUCGUGGAUAAUUACAAAUUUGCUUUGGAGACGGCAGAGAAAUGCAGCCAGUGUAACGUCCAGUUCUUUAAAAUCUCUGAGGAUCUGAAAGUGAAAGGGCCCAAGGAUUCAAAGGAACAGCCUCAGUCGGUUACCAUGGAAGCAUUGCUGUACAAACCCAUAGAUCGUGUGACACGGAGCACUUUGGUACUGCAUGAUCUCCUGAAGCACACACCUACUGAUCACCCUGACUAUCCCCUGCUACAAGAUGCCCUCCGGAUCUCCCAGAACUUCCUCUCCAGCAUCAACGAGGACAUUGAUCCGAGACGCACUGCAGUCACUACACCAAAAGGAGAGCCUCGGCAGCUGGUGAAGGAUGGAUUUUUGGUGGAGCUGUCGGAAAAUUCCCGGAAGCUGCGGCAUCUUUUCCUGUUUACAGACCUCCUCCUGUGUGCCAAGCUCAAGAAGACCACUGUGGGGAAGCACCAACAGUAUGACUGCAAAUGGUACAUCCCACUUGCUGACCUCGUAUUUCCUUCCCUGGAGGAAUCCGAGCCUAUCCAUCAGCUCCAUGCCACUCCCGAUUAUGAGAUUGAAGAAAUGAAGGCAAAGAUCUCUGUUCUCAAGAGUGAGAUUCAAAAAGAGAAGAAGUCCAAUAAAGGCUCAAGUCGUGCGAUUGAAAGAUUAAAGAAGAAAAUGUUUGAGUAUGAGUCUUGGCUGCUCCUCUAUUCUCCUACAAUUCCCUUCCGAAUACAUAACAAAAAUGGCAAGAGUUAUCUCUUCCUUUUAUCCUCUGAUUAUGAGAGAUCCGAAUGGAGAGAGGCCAUCCAGAAGUUACAGAAGAAAGAUCUUCAAGCUCUAGCACUCAGCCCCUUUGAGCUCCAGGUGCUCACUGCAUCCUGCUUUAAACUCCGAACUGUUCACAACGUUCCCAUCAUCAGCCAUAAGGACGAUGAUGAAUCUCCAGGCUUAUAUGGCUUCCUGCACGUAAUCGUAAAAUCUGCCAAAGGAUUUAGUCACUCCUCCAAUUUCUACUGCACACUGGAAGUGGAUUCAUUUGGCUAUUUUGUCAGCAAAGCCAAAACCAGGGUAUUCCGGGAUACUUCUGAGCCUGAGUGGAAUGAGGAGUUUGAAAUUGAACUGGAAGGAUCCCAGUGCCUAAGAAUUCUCUGCUAUGAGACAUGCUAUGAUAAAAGCAAACUGAACAAGGACAACAAUGAAAUUGUAGACAAAAUCAUGGGCAAAGGACAGAUCCAGUUGGAUCCUCAGGGGGUACAAAGUAAGAACUGGCAUGAUGACGUCAUUGAGAUGAAUGGGAUUAAAGUGGAGUUUUCCAUGAAAUUUAGCAGUCGAGACAUGAGCUUGAAAAGGACACCUUCCAAAAAACAGACGGGCGUAUUUGGGGUUAAAAUAAGUGUCGUAACUAAGCGAGAGCGUUCCAAGGUGCCAUAUAUAGUACGUCAGUGUAUAGAGGAGGUGGAAAAACGUGGAAUCGAAGAGGUCGGGAUUUACAGAAUAUCUGGAGUGGCCACUGACAUUCAAGCGCUGAAAGCUGCAUUUGAUGCAAACAGCAAAGACAUCCUGAUGAUGCUGAGCGACAUGGACAUUAAUGCAAUUGCUGGAACAUUAAAACUGUACUUCCGUGAGCUGCCAGAGCCUCUCCUUACAGACCGUCUGUACCUUGCUUUCAUGGAAGGGAUAGCUCUAUCCGAUCCUGCUGCCAAGGAGAACUGUAUGAUGCACCUACUACGCUCUCUCCCAGACCCUAACCUGAUUACCUUCCUUUUCCUGCUUCACCACUUGAAAAAGGUUGCAGAAAAUGAACCCAUUAACAAAAUGUCACUCCAUAAUUUGGCGACUGUGUUCGGACCCACAUUACUGAGGCCCUCGGAAGUAGAGAUUAAAGGCCAUAUGAAUCUGGCUUCCGACAUCUGGUCUCACGAUGUCAUGGCACAGGUCCAGGUUCUGCUCUACUACCUGCAGCACCCACCAAUCAGCUUUUCUGAAUUAAAGCGCAGCACUCUGUACUACUCAACGGAUGUGUGAGGCGCACCAGCCCUUCCCAGGAGAAGAAACAGGGCGGCCUUGCUCCCCUAUGUAAAUUGUGCAAGAGACAUUCCAAGGAUGGAGAUGGAAAUAUAAUGCCGUAAAAAAAAAAAAAAUGAAUGAGAAACCCCACUCCUCGGGAGCACCCUGCAACCUGCCCAUGUGCAUUUUUGAAUUCUUUUGUACAGAGAUAGAAAAUGGAAGCGGGUUAAGACUCUGAACCAGCAACUGUGCUCCCCGUGCAACUAGCUGUAUUUUGUAUAUCGGUGUUCAGGCAUUAUUUUAUGUAGAGAAAAAAAGGAGGCAAUGGGAGAGCACAGCUGUGGGAGCCUGCGUUUGUCAUCCACUUUUUCCUCUGCGUGACGUGUUUGGGAUUUUGUUGAAAGCAGCCACAUGAUCUGGGUCGUAGAAACUGCCAUGUUUAGAAGAGACCUCUGCAGGAAUCCUCUUAUGGGCGUCUUCUGCUCCUUUACUUUUGGAGGACUGUAGAGGCAAAACAAGGAGAAGGGCUCAUCAUCAACUCUUGCCGACAGAAAGAGAACAGAUCCUCCUAGCAUGACCUGUCACGGUUCACCUUCGGGAGUCUCAUGUAAUGCAAGAGGGCCAUCCGUCCAUAUAUUUUCUAAAUAUAAAUUGUUUCCUUGACAUCUUGUGACUGAAAGUAGUCCCAGUGCUUUCUAAUCUUUUUCUUCUGGUGGAAAUGUCACACGUGAUUAGCUGCUUUGGUGGGGCGGUACAUUUUUAUUUAUCUUCGGGGGCUUGGUGGGAUUGACUAGGAUCUGAAAUUUACACCGUUUGAAAACCAAGCAUCUGUAAUGGCACCAAAUGAAUCCCACCCGUUCCACUGAAAAGCCUAGAAGAGACAUCCUUAUCUCUGAGAUCUCCAGCCAUUGAAAUCUUAACUUAUAAAAGAAGAGCAGCAGCUCAAGGCUGGGCAUUUUGUUAUAUCUUUCCUUUGUUUGAUUAAAUAUUUAUCUGUAGACUUUCCAAACUGUAGAUACAAUAUCCAUGGCCCUGGCUCUUCAGCUGUUAAGCUUUGCAGAAUCUUUUAUUCCUGUACUAUGCCACGCUCUGCUGGCACAUCACCUAUUUAUGGGUUUGGUAUCCUGGCGUUGGUGUUUUCCUUGAGUAGGAGAAAAUAAUAACUGACGUAUAAUGACACAAACAAUAUGCGCUAUUCUUGUCACCAUUCCUUCUGUAAGGGACCAAAAUAAGAAACGAGAAGGCUUUUCCGAACAUCACUUCUCUUCAGCAGCAAGUCUGCUUUUUAUCUCCUUUGCGAGUGUAAUGCAUUGCCAUGUUGUAUAUGUUUUCAGUUGUAGAAGUAGACAGUGAGAGUACAGGUAAGGCACACUUGGUUGCAGUGUUAGUUGUGAUAUAGCAUGUGCGACUUGUGUGGAUACAACUCAUGCUUGCUAUGGCCGGGCAACCACAGUAACAGGUCUAGAAGUCCCAAGAAAGCAUUCACUUUGUCUCAAUCAGAGCUCAAACAAACUUUCUCCAUCCAUUAUCUUUGCUUUAUCCUCAGUGCAGUGUGACUGGGUAGGUGGCACAUUUUAGCUGUUUAAAAAUUUCACAAACGGCCAUAUAUUUGGAAGAGUUGUUCAAUUGCCCAGUAAACUCAGCAAUUCAAAUUAAAAAUAAAGGGCAACUGUUCUGUUGGCAACCUGGUGCUUUGUUGACUAAGGAAAAACAGCUGCAAAACAUCAUUUGUGCCUUCAGAUUUCCCCCCACACACGGCCAUGAAAUUGUUUUGGAAUGGUCUCUGCCAAAAAGUGUUCUCUCUGCGGCAAUAGGCUAUAGAUACUCAUGCCAGGAGGCGGAGGAAGAAGUGGUUGAGACUACAACUGAAAGGAUAAGAUGGAGACAACUUAUGUAUAACAAAGGUCAUCAGAAUAAAUGUGCAAAGGGAUUUCUAGACACAAGGAACCCAACAACAAGAGGGACCCAAAAAAGAUUCAUGAGGACUGUUUUACUAAAGGGGGCAAGGUACUAUGUUUUUUGCCCACCGUGUACAUUGUACCAACCUUUAUUAUGUGCCCAGCGCUGGCAGAUGCAAUUCUUUGUGCUUAUCAUAUGGAGCAGGAGCCCUGUAUACAACACCUGCUCAAUGCAUUACAUACAGAGCUUCCGUGCAUUCCUGAAAGCUUAGCCUUUUGCCCAAUAUUCCAGCAAAUGAACAGCAGGCGCUUUGAACUGAGCAACAGGUAGGUGCACACUAUGUGAAUGCUGCUCUACAGAGCGUCAGCACUUGCACCUACCCCUGUGUAAAUGAGCCCUAUAGUUUCUGUUCUUUAUGAUACUGUGGCCUGGGGAAACCAUCACAGAGAAUUAGUGCUAAAUGUGAUAUUAUCAGAACUAUUUGUGCCAACACACACACACGUUGUGUAAUGUUUGGAAUUAAAUUGUUAUCUUCCCGCUGUCAAA